UUACGAAAAGAGUAGGCACACCGGAAUAACAUACUUGUUUUUUCAACCUGCAAAACCCUAGAAAUCACACAAAAUCCCAAAUCUCUUUCACGAGAUAUCGAGAAUCUGCUAAGGGAAUGCAGAGAGAUGAGAGGAGAUUUGCGGCUGUCUAACCGUGGACGGGUUAAAAAAUCCACCGGCGGCAGAACUUGCCACCGCAAACACGUGGAGGACGGGUGAACAACGAAUUGCUGUAGUUGUAGCGUUCAAUUAAUCGUAUUUCGUAUAUCUUUUUUCUCUAAUCGGAGAAUUAAUUUGACGAAUUGAUGGCGAUGGAGGAUAGAAACAACGGUGUGCUACACGGGAAGUACGAGCUUGGAAAACAAUUAGGGCACGGAACUUUUGCGAAGGUGUAUCACGCGAGGAACUUGCAGACUGGUAAGAGUGUGGCGAUGAAGAUGGUGGCGAAAGAUAAGGUGAUUAAGGUCGGUAUGACGGAUCAUAUCCAGCGUGAGAUUUCGGUUAUGAAGAUGGUGAGGCAUCCUAACAUCGUUGAGCUUCAUGAGGUUAUGGCGAGUAAAUCUAAGAUUUACUUCGCCAUGGAGCUCGUUAGAGGCGGCGAGUUGUUUUCUAAAGUCGAGAAAGGGCGUCUGCGAGAGGAUGUUGCUCGGAGUUACUUUCAGCAACUCAUCUCCGCCGUCGAUUUUUGUCACAGCCGAGGGGUAUACCAUCGAGAUCUGAAGCCAGAAAAUUUAUUGUUAGACGGCGAAGGCAAUUUGAAAGUGACCGAUUUCGGCCUCAGCGCACUUUCUGAUCAUCUCCGGCAGGAUGGAUUAUUACACACAACGUGUGGGACUCCGGCGUAUGUCGCACCGGAAGUAAUUGGGAAAAAAGGUUACUCCGGCGCGCAAGCCGAUAUCUGGUCCUGUGGAGUCAUCCUUUACGUCCUUCUCGCCGGAUUCUUACCUUUUCAAGACGAAAACAUCGUUGCGAUGUAUAGGAAGAUUUACAAAGGAGAUUUCAAGUGUCCACCAUGGUUUUCAUCUGACGCACGUCGAUUAAUCGUGAAAUUACUCGACCCAAAUCCAAAAUCUCGAAUCACAAUCUCAAAAAUCAUGCAAUCAACCUGGUUCAAGAAGGCGACGCCGAAGAAACCCAAUUUUUCAGGCGAAGAUGAAGGUAUGCAUCUAAAGGGAAAAGAAGGCGAGUCACUGAAUGCAUUUCACAUAAUUUCAUUAUCGGAAGGAUUUGAUCUGUCUCCGUUGUUCGAGGAGAAGAAGAGGGAGGAGAAACAAGAGAUUAGGUUCGCGACAAUGAAGUCGGCAGGGGCGGUGGUGUCGAAGCUGGAGGAGGUGGCGAAGGCGGUGAAGUUUAGCGUAAAAAAGAGUGGAGACGAAAGCAGUUUAAGGUUGCAGGGACUUGAGAACGGAAGGAAAGGGAAAUUGGGGAUAGCGGCUGACAUCUUCGCGGUGACGCCGUCGUUCUUGGUGGUGGAGGUGACGAAGUCGAGCGGCGACACCCUGGAGUACAACCAAUUCUGCAGUAAAGAGCUCCGGCCGGCGCUUAAGGACAUCGUCUGGACGUCGCCCGCCAAUCACUCUACUCCGGCCUGAAUCAACUUGAUUUAAUUUGUAAAAUAUUAUUUAGUUGUUGGUUCAAAUUAUUUAUCUAUGAAAUAAAUGCUACUUUGAAUUGAUAAAUAA